AAGCAUCAACCUAUUGAUGGCAAGAAUUGUGGAAAUUGUUAGAGAAGAUACAAUCGAAACAGAAACACUCUACCAGAAUUUGCUAAAUGACAUAAAAGAAACAGUAGGAAACUUGAAGCCUCCAUUAUCUCCUGAGUGCUGUAUCUACAGGGUUCCAAAGAGACUACGCAAGGUGAAUGAAGCAGCUUACACCCCUCAGGUGGUUUCUAUUGGUCCACUUCACCAUGGCAAAAGAACUCUGAAGAAAAUGGAAAAUCAGAAGGUGAGAUAUCUAGCAAAUUUUCUCCAAGUUGUCGAAAGCAACAAAGGCUUGGAAGAACUUGUCCGCCACAUCAAAAGGAGGGAAACAAGAAGCAACAAAGGCUUGGAAGAACUUGUCCGCCAAAUCAAAAGGAGGGAAACAAGCAUUCGGCAAUGUUAUGCAGAGACCUUCGAUUAUCUCUCGACUGAUCAGUUUGUGAAGAUGGUUCUUGUGGAUUCUGCCUUCAUCAUUGAGCUGUUCUUGAGAAAUUUUAUGGGAAAACCACCGGCUGAUGGAUAUGACUUCAUCUUAGAUAAACCAUGGCCGAAACAUGAUAUAAAACAAGAUUUGAUAUUACUGGAAAAUCAACUUCCAUUCUUUCUUCUUAAGGAGCUAUAUGAUCUUGCCUUUGACCCUCGCCCAACAGAUUUGCCUUCUUUUCUUGACCUUACCCUCCAUUACUUCUGCAAAUAUAACAAGCAGGAAAAACCCUUACCAGAAACAGAGGAUGUAAAACAUUUUACAAAUCUGCUUAGAUAUUUUCAGCUCCCUUGCUCCUCAAAAUGUACCCCCAGCAAAAGCUGCUUCUCAGAUUGUUACAAGCACAGCAAGACUCUACCAAGAAAAGUAAUGCAUUCUGUCAAUCAGCUAAGAGCUUUUCUAGAACUACCAACACACCAAAAACCUGGAGACAAGAAUGGUAGGAUUGAACAUCUAUACAGUGCAGUCGAGCUGCACGAAGCAGGUGUAAAGUUUCAGGUAAGCCAAAGCAAAUGCCUGCUAGACAUAAAAUUUACAGCCGACGGCAAGUUGGAGAUGCCAUGCUUCAAAUUAUCUGAUACCACAGAGUCUUAUAUCAGGAACCUCAUGGCAUUAGAACAGUGUCAUUAUCCAAAAGAUGCUAAAAUAUGUGAUUACAUAGGACUGAUGGAUUAUCUGAUCAACACAGUGAAUGAUGUGGAGUUGCUUGUUAAGAAGAAAAUUAUAGUGAACUGGCUCGGUGACCACAACGCAGCAGCAGCCCUUGUUAACAAACUUGGACUGGAAAUUCUUGAAUUGAAAGGGAACCAUUACUCUAACAUUUUCAGAGAUCUGAAUGCAUACUACGAGGUUCCUCAUCACAAAUGGAAAGCAACACUAAAACAUGAGUAUUUCAGGAGUCCUUGGAGGGGUGCUUCUACAACUGCUGCAAUUAUACUUCUUGUACUUACUGCUAUCCAAACUGUGUGUUCGCUUAUUGGCCGGUAGCUUCAAAUUAAGUUUGUAUGUGAUCUGUUAAAUAUUUUCUUUUUAUUUUAG